CGUACAGAACUGAGUAAUGGUAAGAUUACAGAAACCUUUUAAAAACAUAUUUUGAGUGGAAAAGCUUUAUAAAACUAUUUUACAGCUUCCCACUGGGUGGCGAGCGCACAUCUUUUCAUAACGGCUGUGGUGAAGAUAUGAAAUCCAGAAAUAGAAAUCGAACUACAAAGGAACCGCGGAUACAAACCUGCGAGACACGAAGAGGGUGGAGCUUGAUGUGUCAUAAUGAAUGAUUUGACCACACAGCGCCCUCUAGAGCACAUGAGUGCAUUUACCUCCAUUUGGAACACACAGUUGCCAUUCUAGAUAGUUUCACUUUCGCAAGCGCGAGACAGGCAUGAAAAAGCGAGCCGCAGAAGAAGAACUCACUCAGUUUGUUGACAUCAGUAGGAGGUGACAGAACACAGGCUGUCCUGACAGUUUGGCUCAAACUUUCUGUCUAUGAUUUAUAACAUCAGUUGACAGGGAGCCAUGGGCGCAUUAGCUUGUCUUUCUGUGCUGUGCUCGCUGUGCCUUUGCCCGCUGGCGUCCAGCGAACAGGUGGCAUUGGUAGAGGCGUUUCUGGAAGACCAUCAGCAUGUUUUACAGGGUGAGGUGGUCCAGGGGAGUCUGGAGAACGACCCAAUGGAAAACCACAGCAAAAACAAACAUGAUCUCAAAGGAGAUCUCAUAUUAAUAAAAGACGAAGCUAUUAAAACCAACAGUGAAAGCAGUGAUGGAAAGGAUCCGAACCCCUGGAUUGGAGUGGUACCUGUCCAGAUGGAGGAAGGCACAGUUUCCAGUAACAGCAACCAGGAGUCGUUUGCUGCCUCUGUGGUCAAUAAGAUGAAGCGUGCUCUUGUUUUGGGCGCAUCUGCUUUGAUUAUACUGGCUUUAAACCAGAAUACUGUCCGAGAGAUGGAUCUCUCUCAGGUCCUCUCAAAGCCAAUCAUUAUCAUUCAGACAUCAGAAAAUGUAACUAAGCUCAUCGGCGCACUCCUCAGGGGCCUUCAUGCAACGGCAAAAAUCACUUACAAGUCUUUUCUACAGGACUGUCUGGGUGCCACCUUGACCCUGUGGUCCAGCUGUGGCCGUUCAAGAGGAGGGUUGUACGGGGAAUGGCAAGGGGUCAUCUGCACCGGGGAGACCAACUCUCAGGUCCAGAAAUAUCUUCAGCAGCUCUGGAACACUGUUGUUCUGGUGGCCCUGGUCCUCUCCACAGGGGUCAUAGUUCAUGCACGCUGGCAGUACCAGGACAACCAGUUUAAUGAUGAUUUGGAGUCGGACCUAAAGCAAGACAUUUUAAGGAGAUUAUCAGCACUGAAGACAAGGAUAUACCGGCAACCCAAAGUGAGAUGUGACCCAACACAAACUCAACCGGUGGAGACAGACAGUUGUGCAGUUUGUCUGGAGCAGUACAACAACAACCAGUGUUUGAGGGUGUUACCGUGCCUCCAUGAAUUCCAUAGAGACUGCGUGGAUCCCUGGCUACUCCUCCAGCAGACCUGUCCUCUCUGCAAACGUAGCGUGCUUGGUAAUUUUUAUUGAGCUGGACCAGGAAGGAUUCUGGACUAGGAAUUUGUGGAAUUGGAUUGACUCUACUGAUUCAGACUUCUCAUGGCAACUAAACCCCUCCUCUGUACUGUAAGGUCAGAAUACCUCCAUGGUAAUGAUUUUUGACCUCUCCAAAGACUAUAAACCUUGAGUUCCUGACUCAAAAGAUUCAGGACUAGUUCCUGAUCUUGGGUCAAACCACUUUUUUUGAAGGUAGGUCCUUCUACAUGGGAUCAAUUCUUUUGUGCACAGUUGACUACUUUAGUUACAUUUGCUGAACCGACUCAACAAUCCACAGAUACACGGAUUGUGAAGUCAUAUGCACAGCAAAAAACAAAAGUAAUAUUUCAGAUCUCUUCAAAUUAAGGAAGAAUCAUACACCCUAAAUUCUCAAUUUUUUGUUUAAACAAGGGUAGGCAUGAAGUUAGGAUAAAAUCCUUUAAGAAAAUAUAAGAAAUAGUAUUCCAGCACUGCAUAAGAAAUCUUUCAGUAGAAUAUAACUGAACAUUUUCUUGUGGUAUGAGACCAGGGCUGGUGCCCAACCUGACCCUGUUCCACCCUUUUUACAGUUAAACUGUGGCCAUGAUUCAACUAAGCAAAAAUGAGGGAACAAAAUAGUACAGCGUGUCCACAGUUUACCUAAACAUUCAGAUUUACCUAAUAAUUACCUUAAGUUAAUGGCUACAAUAUCUUUUUUUUUUUUUUUUUCUGCAUGUCAAGUUUGGGGCUCCGUAGUGUAGUGCCAUUGUAAGUUACGCCAUUGUUUGGCUUUGACAGCUUAACCUCCAGCUCUAGUACUAGCACCAAUUGGUGGAAAUCAGUUCUGUUACUCUAAACUACCCAUUAAAUUGAAAGUUACAUACGAGCAUCAGUAUUCCAUACAAAGAGCUGCAAGGAUGCCCCAUGCCUGCUUGCUGCACAGAGAGCGACUUUUACUAUUAUUAUUAUAAUCGCUUUUAAAGAUAAUUUACAUGCGUUUUAGAAGUUCAGUUUCUUUUCAUUUUAGUUUUGAAUUGUCUUUUUGAAAUGUCAUGUAAAUGCUUUAGUCUGAAAUCAUGCCAGUCAGGUUUUUGCGUAGUUGGACUAAUGAACCUACAUUACCAUUCAAAAGUUUGGGAUUGGUUUAUAAUAUAAUAAGAAAUUAAUACUUUUAUUCUUUUAUUCAGCAAAGAUGCAGUAUAUUGAUCAAAAACAGUAAAAACAUUCAGAAGGUUCCAAAGGGUUUCUAUCUCAUAAAAAUAGUGCUUUUUAAAACUUUCUAUUCAUAAAAGAAUCCUCAAAAAAUGUAUCACAGUUUACAUAAUUUUAAGCAGCACAAAUGUUUUCAAAAUUGAUUUCUGAAGGACCAUGCAACACUGAAGACUGGAGUAAUGGCUACUGGAAAUUCAGCUUUGCCAUCAGAUAUCACGUGAAAAAAAUAUAUUUUAAAAUAUAUUAAAAUAGACAUGGUAAUUAGUUUUCAUAAUAUUAGUUAUAGUAUGUUUUUUUUUUUUUUUGAUCAAAUAAUUGCAGUCCUGAUAAGCAUGAGACUUUUCAAAAUAAGUUAAAAAACAUCAUAUAAUGAAAAAGCAGUUGUAGCUCAGCUACAGUAGGCCUUGACAUCCCCCCAAAAGUUAUGUUCCCCUUUUAAUUUUCAGUUACAUAUUGUUUAUUACUAGAACGGAUAGAUGAAGACUGUAGCUCAUCUAUGCAAAACCCUGCUGUAGCUUGAUUUUAACUGUGCAUGUAAAUGUACUUAAUGACAGAAUAU